UCCACUUGGUGUGCACGCGUUCGCGCUGUCUCUUGGAUACGCAAACUUUACUCGAUUUCAAUAUCUUUCCAUAUAUUGAAACGAUUCAUCGUUUGACACCGUUCACAAAAUAGUUAUUCUUUAAUUUUCAUUCUAUUAUUGACAUUAUUUUCAUUUCUUUCAUUAAAAAAAAACUACAUUGUUAAGUCUGUUGUUAUUUAGAAGCGAUUACAGCCGUAAAUCCUGCUGAAAGUGACAAUUGAAGUGGACAAGAAAAUUUAGUUGUGUGCCCAUUAAAAACAUUUCUGUGUUUAGUGUAAAGACAAGUUUUCUGAGAGAUUUAUCUGUAGUGUUUGUCUUGGACGGCAAGGAGUUUUCCUAUAAUUGGAUAAUUUUGUGUGUGGGUGAUGCGAGAGUGAUUGCACCAUGAUACGCGAUCCCCCCGCCAUGCACAAGCCGGACACCGCAGCCAAUCAACAAGAAGAGAACAAAUAUACACUGAGCAAUGUGUCCGGGACGACAGGAGGUGCGAGGCUGUGCGCCCAGUGCGGCAAGGUCAUCACUGAGAGGUUCUUGCUGAAGGCCAUGGAGAGGUUCUGGCACGAGGACUGCCUCAAGUGUGGUUGCUGUGACUGCCGACUUGGCGAAGUUGGCUCCAAGCUCUACUACAAGGCAGACCUCAUGCUCUGCAAGAGAGAUUACCUUAGGUUAUUUGGUGCGACGGGCAAUUGUGUAGCGUGCAACAAAGUCAUUCCAGCCUUCGAAAUGGUUAUGCGAGCGAAGAGUUUUGUAUACCAUUUAGAAUGUUUCGCCUGUCAACAGUGCAAUCACAGGUUCUGCGUAGGCGAUAGAUUCUACUUGUGCGACAACAAGAUACUGUGCGAAUACGACUACGAGGAGCGUCUGGUGUUCGCUAGCAUGGCCGCCAACCCCAGCGGUCUUGCGCAUAUACGAAGACAAGUUAGUGGACUACAGUCACCAAGUGGCGGGUACCCCGGCGCGCUGGUGGAGAAAGAGGUAGCGGGGUGCGCGGGGGCGGAUGAUGCUUCGAGCGGCUACGGCAGCCCGCCCGACCCUGAGCCCGUAUGCGAUGCCGCACGAUGACCGACACUGCCGCGCCGACUGCUCGCCUCGGUAAAGCCUCACUGAUUCCUGGCGGCGAGCUGGGGCCGCGUCGGAUCAGUCUCUAGAGCGGGACAU